AAAACAUGUUUUUCAUUUCGUUUUAGUUCAAAAAGAAUAUGGCCGUACUAGGGCCGUGUGUGAGUGUAAAUAUGAAUGGGCACAAUAAUAUUCAUAGUCAACUAACAAAAUCUCUAGAAAGAAUUUUAGAAGAUGCUUACUUAAGUGGUGAAUUAAAACUUAGUGGACGUAAAUUGAGGGAGUUCCCAAAACCAGUGAAAUAUGACUUGAGUGAUACAGUUAUUGCUGAUUUGUCCAAAAAUCGAUUCAGCGAAUUGCCAGAUGAACUUACGACGUACAUUUAUUUAGAAAAGUUGUUAUUAUCACAAAAUAUUAUCAGAAAUGUGCCGGAGGCAGUCGGCAGUCUGCAGUCUCUUACGUAUUUAGAUCUCAGUUCAAAUCAACUGACGGAGUUACCUCGAGAAGUAUGCCAAAUGCCUUUGCAAGUUCUAUUGCUACAAGACAACAUGCUGUCGACGUUACCCAAAGAGAUCGGCAAGAUGUCGACGCUGGCAGAACUGGACGCCUCGAAUAACAGGCUGACGCAAGUGCCCAUGACAUUGGGCGACUGCGCUGGUCUCAGGUCGCUGGAUUUGAGUAAUAACCAACUGGGACUUUUACCGCUGCAGAUAACGUACCUUCGGUUGGAGCAUUUGGACGUGAGCUGCAACUGUAUAUCCUCGCUGCCUCUGGAGUUACGCAACAUGACGACUCUGAUCACUCUCAAUUUGGACAACAACCCCCUCGUCUCCCCACCAACUACCGUAUGCAUGCGCGGGCGCGUUCACAUAUUCAAAUACCUCGAGAACAUGGCUAACAAGGACUCCGUGCCGGCUCACAGACGAGUUGAGGAAACCAGACGGACAGCCAAACACAGCUCGUAUAUAGGGAGUCCUCCAACCCACCAGAUCACGUCGGGAAACGCCACCAUAGACUGCCUGAGACACAAGCCUAGACAUGUCGUCGAUAGCGGGUACAGCACUGAUGGUGUUGACAAGAGGUGGUCUAAUGAUGCAGGUGGCGAAGCAGGUGGUGGGUCCGGUCGCUCCACGCCUUCCACUCCGUCAACUCUUUCCCCGGGCGCGGCUUUAUCGAGAGCGCAGUCGCUCUCAAGUGACACUCCCCUGGCGCCACUCACGCCGGUACUCACUGGCCACCGUAUAUCACCCGAAGGGAACCUUUCGAAUGGCGAUGAUAAGAGUAAACUAGCCCAUCAACAAACCUACAGACAAUACAAAGAAGCCUUAAAACAACAGCGACAACAAGACAUAUACCGCCCCCGCGCCGACCAAUCAUCACCAGAACUAGACAGCUCACCGCAAUCGCAAAACCAAAGCCCGGUCCAUCCCCACUCCUCGCCGCACUCGCCGGUCAACGGCUACAGUAACGUAUCCCCUUAUAAUAGAUCCCUAUCUUCCAAUUCCACUAUGUCUACCUCAUCCCCCAACUCAUCUCAAGUGCCAAACUCCCCCCUCCUACACUCGACCCCUAGAAGAUUCCAACAGAACGGAAACGCUGAUAAAGAAGAGAACAAAAGGCCAGUACAGAAAGUGGUGCCAUCUAGGAACGUGAACAAGAACUAUUCUAUCAACGGCAAUUGUGAUUACAAUCGAGUUAACGGCGAUAUGUAUAUAAAACCGACGUCGCCUACCAAAUCUCCAACGAAUACACUGGGUUACAACAGUAUGGGGAGGUCGAGUAUACCGAGGGUUAAUGGAGACGGUACAAAGUUGGUGACGACUACUUCGUAUUUGAAAGGUGCAGCGCCCAAGCCGGGAAAGAUGCCGUGGAAUAAGGACGCGGCGCCGGAUAAAUUGAGCUUCACUAUGAAGAGAGAGUUCGAUAAGCAGAAGGAGGAAGAGGAUUUGCUGCUUCAGUUGAGGACGAUAAUCGAGAGCCGGUUAAAACUAUCAUUACCCACACAAUUGGCUCCGGUGCUCGCAGACGGCGUGGUGCUGUGCCACCUGGCGAACCACGUGAGGCCCCGCUCGGUAGCUUCAGUACACGUGCCUUCAGCUGCUCAGCCAAAACUGACAAUGGCGAGGUGCAGACGAAACGUAGACAACUUUUUAGAGGCGUGCCGGAGAAUAGGCGUCGAAGAGGAAGUCAUCUGCUCGCCCGAGGACAUCCUCGGGCUGCGGCCGUCCGCGGCGGCUCCGCUGCUACACACGCUCCGCCGACUGCUCGCACUCGAGCCUUACCCUAUCCGAUCCGAUCCACCAAUCACAGGCGGCGACGCCACCGACAUACAAGUCGACCAAUACAAACAACCAAUCAGGAGAUACUCCGAGGAAAGAUACGUCAGCAACUUCAAUUACCCAGAGAGUACUAUAGAUGAAGCAGAAGAGUAUAUGAAUUACGAAAAUAACAAUACAGAUACGCAAUACUCGCCGGUAUAUGAAGGAAUUAGAAAUAGAGGCUACCAAAUGGAUAGAGUACAAUUCGUCACGCCUUAUUACAAUGUGCUGAAGAGUGAUAGUUUAGAAAUAUACGAUACUGACGAAGUGGACGCGCCGUUAUUGCAGAGCCAAGUCGAGGUGGAAAGAUACGAUAGGGGGAGAAUGAAUCUUGAUAUACCUAAUAAUCAUAACAGGGAUUUGAAUAUUGAGACUGAAAUCGCGAAGGGAAAUGAUAAUACAGUAUUUUAUACUUGCCUAUGCUUGGGCACUUUUUUCGUGUCUACCAUUUUGUUAAUACUAUAUCCUUUGUAAAUUGUAAUGCGUAUUUUUCGCUUACUAAUAUUGCAUUGCAUGUGAUUUAAAUGAAGGUAUACAUUUGAGGCUAUGAGGUGUGAUUGUAUUUAUACAUUUUUAUAAUGUUCGGCCGCGAUCAUUUCUUUUUUCUAUAAAAUUUUAAUAAAACACGGUUUGACUGUGUUCAAGAAAUAUGUUAUAUAAAAGGGGAAAAGACAAAAAUUUGACUAAUUUGUACUUUUCUAUAGUCUUUUUUCAAGGCAAACCAAUAAAGACUUUGUUUGGUUUCACUUCAUAUUUUUAUGUUUACUAAUAUGUAAUUCCGCAAAACAUAUUUGAAAUUGAAUUAAUUUUCCGUUCCAAAACUAUUAAAAUAUUGAGAAUUUUUUUUAAUUUCAAUUUGAACUUCAUUACUUACCACAAAUGCCUUAAAUUACAGUGAAACUGUAGCGACUUAAAAUUUUUGAGGCUUCCUGUCGUUUUUGUAUGAAAUAGUCUGAUGCAAGGAUUUGACGGUAUGUAGGUAUAUAAAGACUAGACAGAUUUUGAAUUAUGUAUUCGAAGGUACGUAUUACCAAAGAUUAUGGGACCUUCUAAGACUAUACCUUUUCUGUAAUAUUAUGUAUUCUGUGUAACUUUAGGCAGUUUCGUUGGCGCUGUUUUGUUUUGUUUUUUUAAGUCGAUUAGUGAUGAUUGGUGUAACUUAAUUACAAUUAGUUCAUUCCCAUAAGAGGCAUUUAAAUUAGAGAAUAAAUUUAUUUUAAUUUACGUAUGUGAAAUGUAAAUUAUUUCAGGAAAUUUUAAGUAAGACAUAUGAAGUACGUUCACAUGACCAGAAGCGAUUUGUAUGUUCAAAAUUUAAUAAUUUGCCUACCACUGGCUUUAAAAUAUUUCUUUUUUCAAUACGCGACAACAACUGGAAGUGUUUUGUUAAAGUUAUGUUAUUUUCAUGUAAACGUUAUUUUUUUUUUUUUUUUUUAUAAAUAAUGAUGUAUUUCUUUAUUCGAUUUUGCGUUAUUAUACGGAUCUCAGUAUGUAUUCGAGUGGUUUUGCUAUGUGAUGAGUUUCAAAGAUUUAUAUGUUUGCGCUAUAUUGAUAUACUUAACUAACUGUUAAGAAACUUUUAUCACCCAGUAGUAUUUUUGCACCUUUUGAUAAAAUAUAGGAAAUUUUACGAGGUGUAGUUUGAAUAAAAAUUCCAUAGUACAAUAUAAUUAUGAUAACAUUGGUGCGUAAUUUAUAUUGAGAGGAUGAAAGGCGAAUAUAAUAAAAUGGUAGGCUUAGCUGUUUAGCGUUAAUUUAAUAUUUCUUAUCAAAUAAGAAUCGUAUGCCUUAAUCGAAACUUCAUAUCGUUAUUGUAUUAACAAUGCAAACGUUUAAUUGUAAAUUUAUUGAGGGAUCGUUCCGAAUGAACAAUGUGAAAAUUGACGGUAGCUUUAGCUUUGCCAAACUUUGUAUUCCGUACAUACUAAAUGACGCAUCAGCCGUUUGAAAAUAUAAUCGAUUUUAAAAUUAUCUCGUUCAAGGGCAGGUGUGUAACGAUUUGUACAGUGGGUCAUGUCGAAAAGUAAACCAUCUUAUUGGUGUCAUUUUCUAUGUGGCUCAUCAUAAGUUAUUAAUAGUACUAAGGUACAGUUACCUUAGUACUAUUAAUAACUUAUGAUCUGAUAAAUGAUCUUUUUAUUUUUAUAUAAAUAAUAAUAUAUAUAAAUGAAUGGAGAACGCUUGACCAGAUUCUUUCAAGAAUAAAAGUAGACGAUGAUAUUUUAACAAGACAACAUCAAAAUGUUGCUCUAUCUCCAUGUAAAUAUUACAUGUAAUAUUACGAAAAGACUAACCACGAAAAAUUUGGCAAAGAAACCUUGUAACUGAUCUAACUUAUAUAUAAAUUAGAGAGAAGAACGAUCCCUUAUAGAGUUGUAGUAUUUUUUUAGAAUGUAUUUUGAGGCUUUUUCGCGUUAUUGGAUAUUAUAAAAGACAUUUUUUGAUUUAAUUUUUGAGGAAGAUAUAAAAGUAUUAUUUGCCAACUGGAAACGAAUGCCAAUACUUCAAGAGGCUUGAUAGUUAUAAACGCCAAAUCAAUUCUGUUUUUUGAUAGGCAUUAUAUGAAAAAAAAAGAAGUUAUUGUUCAGAAGUUUACCUGUCUGGGAAUGAAAAUAUAGUCCUAAGAAUUAAUAUAUGCGGUCACCACAAUUAAGUACAAAUAUAGUAAUUGAAUUGUGCAAAGAUAGUGAGUUAUUUAAAAAAAAGUUAUUUCCAAAUGACAACGACUUAUUCAAAAAAUCAGCUCGUUGAUUUGUAUCGAGCCAGUAUUUUCAUUUUUCACUAUAUAUCUUCCCUUUAGUCGUCUUUACCAGUGUUUUUCCCAGGGCUUCACUUCUACAGGAAUUUUAUAAAUCAUACGAUUAAACUAUUUGUACUUAAUUUGUUUGGAUCCUUUACAUAUUUUAAAUUAUGUAAGGUUUUUUAAUUAAGUUGGUCCGCCAUCCGAAUUUAUAUGCACACACGAUUUUAUCAUUCCAAAGAUGUGAAACGAUUUGAAAAGACUGCCGUUUCCUUUUAAUAUUAUUUGUUUACUAACUCUUCUAUAAGCUAUUACUGCAUUUAUCAAUUGUACUAACAUUUAUACACGGCGUUAAAGUAAGGCAGCUAUCUUAUAUUUUAGUAUUUUUUUAAGAGUUUAUUUGUAUGUUAUUUUCUGCUUUGUGUGUACGCCUGUCUGUCUAGUAAUGCCUGUUGCGAGACACGUUGCAUGUGAUAUUGAAUUGUUUGCUAAAUAAAAUAUUUACCUUAGGCGUAAAUGUAAAUUAAAAACAAUUAACUUUCUCCUUAUCAAUGACACAUUAUAAAGAAAUCAACAUAAUUUUUGCAGCGGUUGUGAGAUUUCAAGAAAGUGGCUUCUUUUCCCAUUGAAAUUAUGUCCAGUACAGAAAUCACACCUGUUAAUUUUAAAAUGCAGUCAGAGAUAUGACAGAGAAUAAUCUUAGGUUAUUAUUUACGCUGUGUUUAUUUUACAAUAAGCGGGAUUUUUCACGAAUAUUAAUAUAGCGUGUAUUUAUUCCAAUUCUGAGGUUCAUCAAAGAGAUAGAAGAAACAUAAAUGCCUUGUUGUGAAUAUACCCCAAGACCGCGCAAUGUGCAACUGAUGUUUUAUUUAAUGUGCAUUAUUGAUCAUUUAAUUAUUAAGAGUAAUUAUUUUGAAAUAUUGUGAAGUGAACAACACAAUUAUCAUUGCAACGUGAUCGUACCAAUUCUGGUCAUUUUCUAUACGUUAAUAUUCUACGCUUCUUAUUGUUAUCUCAUUAUUUUGAGCUUUAAAAUUGCGAGUACAAUUCUAAUAUAAGUGAAAUAAGAUAGAUUAUAACUAAUAUAUAAUUUAAAGCUAAAGCUUAUAUUUAUUGGCUUGAGGUGCUUGGGUACUUAUUUGUGUAGUUUAUAUUAUUAUAGGCUGGUUUUAAUGUAUCUGAAGCUAAGUCUAUUGAUCUCUAAUUCUCAUUAUUUUCAUUCUUUAUUUUAUUAAUAAAUAGGUUUGUCAGAUUUUCUAUUUAGCUUAUUCUUAAUGUUUCAUCUUGAUUAUUACUUUUAUAUUAAAUUGAAUAAAACUAUCGAUUUGCAUAAAACUAAAAGCUUAUUAAUUUCAGGCAUUGAACAAAACCUAACCUUCCUAUAUUUUUUAUGCUAACUGUCAUUUUUACGAUUUCUAUGAUUUCUUGAUAAUUAAAAAUUUUUGUUAAAAAAUAAAUAUCUAAAAAGAUGAAAGUCGAAUAAUUUGCCAUACUUUAUCUUCUAGUCUACUUUUGAUAAUUUUUUGUAUUCUCAUACUAACACUGUUCUACAUAGCACCUUAUUAUAAGUACUUAAUUUUUUUCCUGCUUCCCCCACCUUGCCAUUAAACGGACACGUUAAAAUCAGUCUUACAAAUAUUCCAGUUAAUAUAAGAUCAAAAUUUACAAAAAAUUGAUUUAUUUCUUUAAAAAUGUUUCUUUUUUCUUUUAGCUACUUGUAUUUCUUAAAAAUAAUUUUCAUUUGUAUCUCAAAACAAGUAACAACUGAUUUAUUCUCUAAGAAUAAUUUGAUUAGGAAUUGCAAUUUUUUGUAACUAUUUAACAGGUGUAAUUUUUUUGUAUGUACUUACAAUGUUUUGUCUUCUUGAAAUAAAUUUCUUAUCGAUAUAUUAUUGGUCGUUUGACUUUGAACCCUAUGGAAUAGAAUGAAAUUCGUAGAUAAUGCCAUAUAUGAUAUUUUUGGAAUAAGGUAACUAAUUUUUAUUUUCAAAUAAUAUUUAUUAGAAACAUCAUUAAAUAUUGCAGCGACAUAAACGCCGUGCCUGUUUUAUCUGUGAUAU